AUUUUGGCUACGACGUUGACUCUUUAAGAUCUUACAAGUUGCAGUGGCCAGUCAAGUGCGACUCGGGCACUCGCUUUCACUUUCUUGAAGUUCUUAUAUAUUGAACGUAAAUAUUGGUGAGCAUGUGCUGCGAAUUCCCUAUAUAAGCAUCCUCAAGUCUGGACGAAGGUCUGUCUAACUAUAUUCAACAUAUUCAGCGUCGAAACUUUACGAUGUUGGUUCGCAAACGGUCAACAAUUUGCAACAUUCGCAUUGCAGUGAUAGGAUCUGAAAACAGUCAGAGGGAAGCAUUGGCUGGCCAUCUGAACGGGUACACCUUUACGCGUCGUGAAGACGCACAUAGGUUUUGCUUUACCGCCAACCCUUACGCGGGGGUGUCAAAGCACUUGGUCGAACAGUAUGAGGUCGCUAUCUUUGCAUUUGCACUUGAUCAUAAAAUGCAUGAGAACUACAUAAUGGCCCGGCAAAUCCAUCGCGAGUCACUGCAGCUCUGGAAUCCGCAGAUAUGCUGCAUGGUUGGCGUAAAGACAAAUUUUGAGCCUGAACCGUUCAGUGAUCUCGACCUUUACAUGCGUCAAAUGAAAUUCUUAACUCCGUAUAAGAAUGGAAUCCCCCUUUUCCAGGCUACGCUUGAAACUGAAGUUGAUCUAUCAGCAGUGACUAGUUAUAUUGCCAACACGAUGACUUCAUUUGUGCCAAGACGUACACCCGGUAUCCGCGACCUGCUUCGACAAGCGGUGUCCUGGCUGCUCGACAAUGUUGCUGCUACAUUUGCUCUUCCCGUUCCUAAAAAUGUUAACCAGGACACCCCAGAUGCAAUGCACAUAGAUGAUUCUGUCGUGUCUGCACUUGAAAGAAGCUCCUUAGCCCAAGCAUGGGAUCGCAAGUUGAUUGUGUAUUCGCAAAUGCCGUCAAUGGGUGUCUCAGCCCAUCGGAUUACGAAUUCGCUUCUAUCUAAGGCCGCACCCCGGUGCGAACGAGUCAACAUGACUUUCGUGCGCUCCCAUACAUCUAUUCCUGUCCCACAGCCACGAUACCCCGGUUUAUCCUCUCGACUGGUUAUGGAUUUUGUUGAUGGAAAGAUGCUUCUUGACUGUUGGGAUUCACUCAGUCUUUUCAUGCAGUUUCGCAUAGCUUGCACUCUCCGUUGUUAUAUCAAACAACUAAGGCGAUUGUCCGGGUCUCGGCCGGGCACAGUUGAUGGUGGAGUUGUUGACGGCGUACUCUUCGAGGGCGAGGAACGAGGACCAUUCCAAACGAGUCGAGACUUUCGGAUUUUUUGUGAACUCGUCUCUCACUGUGGUUGGGAAGCUGUCGUGGGUGAUUACCGACGAGGCCUUCGAUCGGACAUUCCCUCACCACCAGUCGAAGGGGAUGAAUGGCCUCUCGUCUUCACUCAUGGGGAUCUUCACCUGAGCAAUCUGAUCCUCUCGAAAGACGGAGUACUUUGGGUGAUUGAUUGGGCUCACAGCGGCUAUUAUCCGGUCUGGAUGGAGUCCGUUGGACUGAAUUUUCAUUUUAAUAAUCCUAGAUCAUGGAGACGCCUUACUUGGCUCAUGGCAGGGACAUACCCUGCUUAUGACCACUUCUGGGAGAUGUUUCUAAAUGCUGCUCAUCGAUUUAUUUAGCAGUAAUUUGCAUUAAUGCUUAAAGUCCUAACGGUAGAAGACGUCAUGAUAAUCAUAUUCCUGAAUCUGAAUCUUAGGUUCAUAACCAAAAAAUUACUCCACCGCAAUGAGUAUGUGACAAGGAUGUCUCUCUACUAUCUGCCAGCUCGAUGUGACACUCAUCCUCACAUCUUCACAUACCACGGAUGACGGUGUAUAAGGCAUCCAUUACAC